GUUCGUUUAGAAAAUGGAGAAAAUGGUCCGGUUACACUGAACCUUGCGCGCAGCAAUUAGUGUGCACCGGAGUACGAAGAGCGUUGUUCGUGGUCACCGCUUGCGACGAGCUCGGCCCCAUCGCUACUCGUUGGACUGCCUCGCGAGGCACGGCUCGUGACGUAGUAGUUGCCGCGCCUCCAUGUUUGCCUCAUCGCGAGCCUGCCUCGAAUCGAGUCGCGGCCAGUCGGUUUUCCAUCCUGCUCGAGGGUGCCUCACCGAGAUCCGCUUGUUCUGUUCGAACGACUUUCAAGCACUCUCGCCUCGCCUCAUGUCGCAUCGCCGCUGAACGCUUUCCUUCAAACGAACAUGGACAACGGGAAAUGUAAAAUUUUCAUCGAGAUGUACAAGGAGCACAGGUCGCUCUGGGACCCGAGGCAUUACAAUUAUCACAACAGCGCGAUAAGGGAGAAAUCGUGGAAGGAGAUAAGCUCUACCCUAAACUUACCUGUUGCUGAACUAAAAAACAAAAUGAAGUCGCUAAUGGGCACUUACAGAAGGGAGAGGUCGCGACAAAAGCGAAGUCUUAUCUGUCGGUCGGGGAAAGGAGACAUUUACGUAUCUAAAUGGUUUGCUUUCGAUUGUUUCAAUUUUUUAUCUGAUCGGGACAAUCCGAGUCAGACUAUGGAUGUGUUGACUAAAACCGAAGUAGAUGCGACAAUGGAGGAACAAAAUGGAAUGGGCAUGGCGCACGCCGAGGUUCUGAUUGAAACAGUCGAAGAAAUGCACGCUGGUGCCAGUUCCAAUGCGCCGCAAACGAACUGUUCCGAGUCCAUCAAAGUGCCGCCAAUAUCAAUUAAGAGAAAAAGGCGCAUGACCUCAUCUCCUAGCCUCGAAGGUCACCUAUUUGAGAAGCUUUCUGCGCUGCUGCAAAAAAGGAUGGACGUGAUCAAUAUGGAUCCUUAUUUUACGUUUGGCCAGCAUGUCGCGAACGAAUUGAGGAAAUACGAUCCGCGGACGCUGGCAUACGUGAAACACGCCAUCAACAAUAUCAUUUUCGACGCUGAUAUGGGAAGAAUCCCCCAACACUUGUCCCCGGAGGACACUCAGUCUUCGGGAAUUUUUGCCUCCGUGCUGUCCGAAACAUCCUAUAAUAUUCACGACUGCGCUACUAUCGCUUCGCGCGUAAACCGCAAAAGUAGGAAAUAAAAUGUAUUUUCAUAAAGAACAACAAUGUUCCGAAUAUUUUGUAAAAAUUACAGUUAAUUCGUCUCAGUAUAUAACACGUCUGCGUUUCAUUUUUAUACGUACGUUUCUACACCCUUGUGGCAUUCCCAAUAUCCUCUUUAUGGACUAACUCUAUAAUAUAGAGUUCACUGCCUUCUGAAUCGGAUAUUUUGCUUUUAUCUUUUGUAUAUCCCUUAAAUA